AUGAGUCACGGGAGCCACUUCGCGGAUUUCGCUGUCGUUGGCGGAGGCAUCGCCGGAGUGACUUGUGCCCAGCAACUGUGUUUUCUGAACACCGGUAAGUCUGUCACCCUAAUUUCGGCCGCACCUGUACUCAAAGUCGUGGCUGAUGUCCUCAAGAUAACGCGGAAUAUCGAGGAGUUCACUGUCAGAGAGUCGUCAGCGACUGCAUUGGAGUCUCAGUUCCCGAAUUUGAAAGUUCACAAUGCGCGCGUCGAUGCCUGGACUCCGGACAAGAAACGCCUCCAUCUAUCGAGCGGGAUGUCACUCGACUACGGGAAACUCUGCAUCUGCACCGGUGCCACGCCGACGCGGGAGUUCCAGGCGCCGGGGAUUUUGGUGAUUCGAGACACCGAGACGGUGGACGAUUUGAGGGAAAAGCUCUCGGGAGCCGACGAAAUCGCAAUAAUUGGAAACGGAGGCAUCGCGACAGAGCUCGUCCACAAAGUCCAGGAUUGUCGAAUUCAUUGGCUAAUCCGCAACAAAUCGAUAGGAUCGACCUUCGUGGAUUCGGGCGCAGCUCACUUCUUCUUGGAAUCUCAGAGUUUGGCGGCGCGAGAGGCAGAACCCGACAAGUCCUGUCCCAUCUACAAACGCAUGCGAUACACUGUGACGGAUAGAGGAGAGAAGAUGGUCGACUUCGGAACGGCUUUAGGACCCGAUUGGGCUGAGCAGAACGAGCUGCGAGGCCACUCACCCAACAAGAAACUGACCAUUGAGUACUCGUGUGAUAUCAAAACUGUUGAGUAUGACGAGGAAACACGCAAAUACGUGAUUGCGCUCUCAAGCGGGAAGCGGAUCGUUGUCGAUAUCGUGCUCGCCGCUACCGGGGUCACUCCGAAUCCGGGCUGCUUCUCAAAUAGCCUGGAGCUAGCUCCUGAUGGCGGGAUAGCAGUCAACGAAAAGUUUGAGACGUCGCUGAGCGACACUUACGCUGCCGGAGACGUUUGCUCGCUGGAAAAUAGCGAGGCUCUAUGGCUGCAAAUGCGGCUGUGGACUCAAGCUCGACAGAUGGGCGACUCUGCCGCUCGCGCUAUGUCCGGACCGGAACAUCUUAUACCGCCCUACUUCGAGGUGUUUACGCACGCCACCCAUUUCUUCGGUUUCAAAGUUGUACUUAUCGGUCUUUUCAAUGGGCAGGGCUUGGGUGGCGAGUACGAGAUCCUGCUCCGGACGACCGCGAACGUGGAGUACAUUAAGCUAAUUCUUAAGGAUGGCCGAAUGAAAGGAGCGAUUCUGAUUGGUGAUACCGACCUAGAAGAAGUUAUCGAGAACCUGCAUUACAGCCAAUUGGACCUCACUGAUCUCAAAGAAAAUCUGCUGGAUCCGAAUAUAGAUCUAGAAGACUAUUUCGACUAACUGACUUCGAUGCGUAUCGUUUUGCUUUGUUCUAUUAUAAAUCGUUGAACGAGCGCAUGAGUUUCGCUUUCGUGAUCACCUGUGUUGAACUUGCGUUCCCUUGCUAUGAGCGUGUUCCUAUCAUCGAGUUGGUAUGAGCAUGCGUGUAAAUAGA